GCUGCGGCUGCGGAGGCCGCGCUGAAGGAGCAGCUGGAGCAGGCUGGCGUAGAGCUGCACACCGCCAAGGCGGCCGCCGACGACCUGCGCGAGCAUGCCGCCCAGCUCGAGGGCGCCGUGGCAGAGGAGCAGAGGAAGGCCCGACUCGCGGAGACCAGGCUUGCGCAGGCGGAGGUGGAGUUGCGCGAGGCCGGCCAGGCCUCGGGCCAGCAGCUCGGCGAGGCCUCCGCCGCCCGGGAGGCGGCGCAGCGGCAGGCCGCCCGCUUUGAGGAGGAGCUGCGGGCCGCGGCGGCGGCGGAGAAGGAGGCUCGCGAGCGCGCCGUGAGCGCGGAGGCCGACCUCGCCGGGGAACGCAGGCGCUCCGAGCUGGCCCAGCAGGAGCGCGCGCAGCUGUCCGCGAGAGUGGCGGACCUGGAGGGGGUCGAGUCCGAGAAGGCCCUGCUGGAGGCGAAGCUCAAGGCCAGCGAGCGCGGCCUCGAGGAGCGGACAGCGGUGCUGGCCGCGGAAGGCGACGAGAGGGCGGCGCGGCUGGAGGAGCAGGUUGCCGGGGAGCGGGACGCGCGGCUGCGGGCGGAGCAGGCGCGGGAGCGGCUCCUUGCCGCGCAGGACGAGCUGCAGCGGCGUCUGGAGGAGGCGGCGGGGGAGCGCGAGGCGCUGCGGCGCGAUCUCGCGCAGGCCUCUGGCAGACUCGGCGAGGCCAGCGCCAGCGAGGGGGGCGCGAAGGAGCGCGCCGCGAAGCUGGAGGGGGAGCUGGUCGCGCCCGCCCGCGCGCGCGCACACUGUCCGCCCACUCAGCGGCUUCUGGACGGCAAGCUAUCGGAG